UAAUUUCGUUCUCCUUUUGUUUAGAAGUCUUAGAGCAUGGAAGACCAACCAAGUUCGGUGACCAGACUUUCAGAAUCUAGCUCAGAGGCGACAAGCCAUCCUCCAACAGAUCCGGCGAUGAUCGCUCUUUUCGAGUGUCCUGUAUGCUAUAGUUUCAUGUCUCCACCAGUAUAUCAGUGUAGAAUGGGUCACGUGCUGUGCUCUUACUGUAAAGUUCGAGUUAGUAGCUGUCCCACUUGUCGAGGCGAGAUGGGAAACUAUCGUAACCUCAUGUUGGAGAAAAUGUCAGAACUGGUAGCCCUACCCUGCAAAUAUAGGGACAACGGGUGCUCCGAACUGAAGGUGCUCUCAGAAAAAAAAGGACACGAAAAGUAUUGUUCUUUUAAAACUUGCCAAUGUCCAUCCCUAGACCCAGCUUGCCAAUGGGAAGGCACAUACCUACAGGCGCAUCCUCAUCUCUUAGAACGUCAUCCGACAAUGUUAAGUCUAGACGAUCACGUAAUACGCUUAGCCGUGACCGGACUAGACCUAUCUUCAUCUCUGGUAUGGACCUCUCGUCUGAAAUGUUAUAGACGACAUUUUUUAAUUCAGAUUAUUAAAACUACGACAGAGAAUGAAUUGUUUUAUCUAUACAUUAUAGUCCGGAUUUUAGCAAAUAGACGAGAGGCUGCUCGCUUCCUAGGGAAGAUAGAGGUUAAGGGGAGAGGGAGAUCCAUGAGCUGGAGUUCUGUUCCUCGGAGCAUAACUAGUGAAGCUCAAGGGAUUACGAGGAACGGCGACUGUUUGACCUUGACCUCGAAAGUAGCUGAAAGGAUGCUAGAGCAACAAGCUCUAGGGGUGAGCGUGACUAUAGAAAGGCGGGAAGUUUACGAGGAUAAGACGGAAUAAACAACAAGUCAUUUCUCAUCAACCAACUUUCUUUUUUCUUCUUAUAAAAAAGUUUGAGAAACCUUCUAAUUAUCCUUGCUGAAGCUUUACUCUUUUUUAAAGCUUAACUUCGUGGGAAACGCUAAAUUUAAAGUCGAACGAACUCUUGUCUUCACAAGUCCAGCGAUGGCAGAAAGCACAUCCAACGCAGACCUCUACGCCGCCUUACAAGGUAUCUGGGAUGAGGAUGAAGACGAAGAGUGGGAACCCCCGGAAUCCCCUCUUCCGUCGCCAGGACGCAACAGGACAACAUCGACUCAUAAAAUGAAUGAAGAGGCCGUACGACUAGCUUUAACGCGAGUUAGGAGGAAGCUGGAGUCACCGCGGCCAGAACUACUUGCUUUACCCUUGGGAGCUGAGCUUCCUCCAGACUUACGUACAGAGAUAGAGUCAGUGAAUAAGAAAAUUAUGAAUAAAAAAGCGGGAGGCCUGCUAGGAAGGACAGUGGAACCAGAAAAUCAAAGAGACAAAAAUCCCGAGGACAAGAAGUCUGUAAGGGAAGCUCGGGAAGGAAGCGGGGGGCCUCAACGAUCAUUACGUCCGCUUCCGUUCCAACAAGCUCGGGAAGCACGAGGGAGGACUAGAAGGUGGAGAACACCGGGAGCACCGAGUGGAUCACAAAUAGGAUUUCGGACACAACAACCCACUCCCGAAGCACAGGGGAGAGCUCGGGGAUGGAGGAGGCGGGAUACACCAAACCGCCCGGGUUCCUCAUCCCAAUAAGCUAAAGUCAACAUAAUAAUAAUAAUAAUAAUUAUAAUAAUACUAACAGGAGACCCUUCCUUGCAAGGAUCAGCGUCAUAUAAGAUCGCCCGGGAGCCUCCCCACGGCUCAAUAUCCGGACGAAGAAACUCUGUCUGCUUCGGAACACCGAAACGAAAAUUUUUCUUGUU